AUUGCGAACACGGUCAAAUUAGCCACAGCCUGUAAUCUUAAUAGUUCAUAGCUGAUAACUGAUAGCUUAAAAUGCCGCUGGCUAAUUGGCCAAUCAAAAACUGCCAACUGCAAGUCCAACAAGUUUCAGCAAUUAAAAAAAUCUAAAGAAACUUGUCGCAAAGGAGACGAGGACACGGGCCAAGACAAACGGAACUAAUGCCAGCCUGAAAGGAAUCUCAGAAAUUAAGAAGAAAACGCUUCAUGCAAUUGCUCUCGACCCGAGUGCAACUUCCGGUGCAUAAAUGAAAAUAAAUACGAGCAAAGCCGAGUCAACACACAGCUCAGGAAGAAGGCACUGUCAUCAGCAGCAGCAGCACGACCUCCAGAAUGGGAAUUUUAAUGGCGAUGGGAUUGGGAAUGGCAAUGCGAAUGAAAAUGGGACUGGGAAUGGGCAUGGCAACGGGAGCCAGAGGCCAGUUGGAGUGACAAAAGUUAGACAAACGGAUGUGUAGAUUAGACCGGCAACAACAGCAGAAGACUUUGACUAAACAAUAGUUGCAGCCAGCGAGCAAACAGCAAACAAAACCGAACAAUAUGUGCACAAUGCCAGCAACAACAGAUGCAUCCGGCUCCGGCGAUGCAUCAACUGACCUCAUCGCAGCAAGGAGCCUCUCCAGCCACCAAGGACAGCGCUCCAACUUGCGCAUAUUUAAACUUUUGAUUAGCUGCUGCCUCUUAAUGCUGUGCAUUUACCCAAAUGCCUGGCCCUGGUCCAUCGGCCCCGGAUCGGGACCCUUCUCCGUCUCGGCCGACAGCAUCAAGGGUCGCGGCGAUACACAUCGCCUGGGUGAGAUGGGCUCCCAGUCCCACACCUCCUUAUCCUCAUCCCUGCCGUCCUCGUGGCUCACCCAGAGCAAUAACCAUGCAAAUAUAUCCGAGUUACUGGACAAUCUGCUGCGCGGCUAUGACAAUAGCAUACGUCCGGAUUUCGGUGGACCUCCAGCCACUAUUGAAGUGGAUAUAAUGGUUCGCAGCAUGGGCCCAAUAUCGGAGGUCGACAUGACCUACUCGAUGGACUGUUAUUUCCGCCAAUCCUGGGUGGAUAAACGUCUCGCAUUCGAGGGCGCCCAGGACACGCUGGCACUGAGCGUCUCGAUGUUGGCACGGAUUUGGAAGCCGGAUACGUACUUUUACAACGGCAAGCAGAGCUAUUUGCACACGAUUACCACGCCAAAUAAGUUUGUGAGGAUCUAUCAGAACGGACGCGUGCUGUACUCCAGCCGGCUGACAAUUAAAGCCGGCUGCCCGAUGAAUCUGGCCGAUUUUCCAAUGGAUAUACAAAAGUGUCCUCUGAAAUUCGGUUCAUUUGGCUACACAACGUCCGAUGUCAUCUACCGUUGGAACAAAGAAAGACCACCCGUCGCCAUUGCCGAGGACAUGAAGCUGUCCCAAUUCGAUUUGGUCGACUGUCCGGCUGGCAAUUUAACGGACAUUGUUUACAAGGCGGCUGCUCCAAGACCACAACGUCGCCCAUUCAACAACAAGGAUCCACCACGACCCACCAGCAAGGUAAUGACCACUUUUGCCGGUCCGGCGGCAAAGAAUCAGCAUGUCCGAGGCACGGGACUUAAGCUGGACAAAGGAGCCUUCGGUACCGGACGGGAUGCAACUGGUGGCUCGGGGUCGUCCACCGGUCUAAGUGGCACUAUUACGCUGGAAACAAAUCAUCCGUCGGAGUACUCCAUGUUGAUGGUGAACUUCCACCUGCAGCGGCACAUGGGCAACUUCCUGAUCCAGGUGUACGGUCCCUGCUGCCUGCUGGUGGUCCUCAGCUGGGUGUCCUUCUGGCUGAACCGCGAGGCCACUGCUGAUCGGGUUUCCCUCGGGAUCACUACCGUGCUGACGAUGACCUUCCUCGGACUGGAGGCUCGCACGGAUCUGCCCAAGGUAUCCUAUCCCACGGCCCUGGACUUCUUUGUGUUCCUCUCGUUCGGCUUUAUAUUCGCCACAAUCCUGCAGUUUGCCGUGGUGCACUACUACACCAAGUACGGAUCGGGGGAGUGCUAUUUUAUAAUCGAGGAGCUGGACUCGGAAUCCGGGGAAUCGGAGACGGAGCCACUGACCUCGGACUUUCGGGGCAGCACAGAGUCCAAGAUUUAUGAAGUCAUUCCACUGUCCAUGUGCGCUAUUAGCAUGCCGCCGCCUCCCACUCGGCUGGGCAUGCUAACCUCCAGGAAUCGGAGGCCCCGGAACAGACGACAUGGUCUGUGGAGCAUGAAGCUUCUGGGUCUCUUCGACUGGCGGCGAAGAAGAAAGCCGCCACGUGCCGACUCCGACGAGGAUGAGGAUGACGAGCAGACGCAGCUGAGGGCCAACGAGGCACCGACCACGUCUGCGGCAGCUGCAGCGGCACAAGCUGCUGCACAGGCUGCUCGGAUCAGUCCUCCAACUGGAGGUCGCCGCCGGAUGUCCUACUAUCGACGCGAGGAGAUGGAGGCCCGAAGGAAGGGCAAACGAACGCCACAGUACAACUCCGUGUCGAAGAUCGAUCGCGCCUCGCGGAUCGUCUUCCCACUGCUAUUCAUCCUUAUCAACGUGUUCUACUGGUACGGCUACUUGUCGAGGAGCUCCAGGAUUUUGGCCAACACGCCGGAUGCGAGCACCUGAUGUUACCUUUUAGCAAUUUAGACAGGGUCCUCGAAGAAAUCAUCAAGCGAUCGCCGGCAGCAAACUUACAACUAAAGCUGAUGGAUAACGAUGCAUAGGCAGUGUCGCGGAAUUUCAACACUGCGAUUUUAUCAAGUUUUUGCAGAUGCAUCGUUUAAAAUCAGCUUAAGACAAGGCGUGGGGGGGAAAUCAGUUGGGGGAUCGGGAAAAGCAGGGGAUGGGUUUAACUUUUCAGAUUCAGUUACGCUCUUAUUCUGAUUUGCUACCAAAUGUGACAACGCUUUAUGGGAUUUCUUUUCGCGCUAAAUUGCUAAAGUACAGAAAACAGAACUCAACUCUAACAUAUCAGAGGACUUGUUAAAACGGACACUCUCGAAAAUGUCUUGCUUCAACAGUCAAAAUAUCGUAAAAAAUUUUCGAAAA